AUGGCAUACAAAAUUCUGUGCUUGGGAUUGCUUUGUGUAGUCUUUGCUUAUUAUAUUCAUACGCCCAUGCCAGAAAACUUUGAAGAGCCUUGGAAAAUAGGACUCAUGGAUGCUGCUAUGAAGAUGACUUCCCUCACAGGUCUGUUAUUUGAAAAUAUAGGUUUGAUGAAAUAUGAAGAAUUAUUUUACUCAUUAACAUCGCUGCUCCUUACAAAAGCAAUUUCAGAUGAAAAUAUUACAGUGACUGACACAAACUUUAGUGGAAUUCCUGUUCGCUUGUAUUUGCCAAAACGGAAGUCAGAAAGACAGAGACCAGCUGUAAUUUUUCUUCAUGGUGGUGCCUUUGUCUUGGGAAGUUGCAAACUGGAGGCCUAUGACUUCCUGAACAGAUUGGUGGCAAACCAGCUUGACGCUGUUGUUGUGGGAGCAGACUACAGACUAGCUCCUCAAUAUCAUUUCCCAGUUUCCCUUGAAGAUUCUAUUUUUGCAGUCAAGUUCUUUCUACAGGAUAAAAUUCCAGUGAAGUAUGAUGUGGACCCCACCCGCAUCUGUAUCUCAGGAGACAGUUCUGGGGGCAUGCUGGCAACACAAGUGACUCAACUGCUACAGAAUGAUCCAGGAUUCAAAGGUAAAAUUAAGGCACAAGCCUUAAUCUACCCAGGCUUACAAUUUCUGGAUACUUUGAUGCCAUUUCAUGUAGAGUAUGAACAUGAUCCGAUUCUGCCAAGGGAUAUAGCGAUUAAACUGGGAUCCCUAUAUAUGACUAAAGACAAAGCACUGCCCCAAGCAAUGUGGAAGAACCAACAUAUGCCGCAAGGAUCCAGACAUCUAUUCAAGUUUGUUAACUGGAGCGCCUUCUUGCCAGAGAAGUAUAAAAAGAACCAUGUUUACACUGAACCAGUUACUGGACAAUUUAAUGCUUCCUAUCUAGAAAUUUUGGAUAGUAGGUUGUCACCUUUGCUAGUUCAUGAUUCUGAGUUACAGAAUUUGCAAUUAACUUAUAUCCUUACUUGUGAACAUGAUAUCCUAAGAGAUGAUGGACUUAUUUAUGUCACACGACUUAGGAAUGUUGGAGUUCAAGUUAAUCAUGACCAUAUAGAGGAUGGAGUCCGUGGAGCUCUAGCAUUCACGCCACCAUUUAAUUUACGUUUAGGCUUUAGAAUCAGAGAUAAGUAUAUUCGUUGGUUAGAAAAAAAUCUGUAA